UGUCCCAAACCCCUGAUUCUCUGUUUUCUAGGGUUUAACAGUUCAUCUUCUUCAUCGUCCCUCUGCUCUCUCUCGCCGUAGAAUCAUGUCACUAUACCGCCUCCUCCUCCGCUCUCUCCGCCGCACUUCAACCUCGCCAUCGCAUUCUCGAGCUCUGAGCAUUGGUCCUCUCAGUCAACAUCUGCAGACCCCGAUUCUUCCAUCCUCGCAAAGCUCUUCUCUUAUUUCGCUUCUCCAUGCCCGCUCAUUUGCUUUUUCCUCCGCCGAAGAAGCUGCUGCCGAAAGACGCCGUAGAAAGCGCCGUCUUCGUAUCGAACCCCCUCUCCAUGCUCUUCGCCGCGACAACUAUCCGCCCCCUCAGCGUGAUCCUAAUGCUCCUCGUCUUCCUGACUCCACAUCCGCUCUUGUGGGGCCUCGUCUGAGCCUUCACAAUCGUGUUCAAUCCCUAAUUCGUGCCGGUGAUCUUGAUGCGGCUUCUGCUGUCGCUCGCCACUCUGUGUUCUCGAACACCCGGCCCACGGUUUUCACUUGUAACGCUAUUAUUGCUGCCAUGUAUCGGGCCAAGAGGUAUGGUGAUGCGAUUGCACUGUUUCAGUUCUUCUUUAACCAGUCGAAUAUAGUUCCCAAUGUUGUGUCGUAUAAUAAUUUGAUUAAUGCUCAUUGCGAUGAGGGUCGUGUUGAUGUGGGUCUUGAGAUUUAUCGCCAUAUUAUUGCAAAUGCUCCGUUUAGUCCUUCGGCAGUAACUUAUCGGCAUUUGACCAAGGGAUUGAUUGAUUCUGGGAGGAUUGGGGAGGCUGUGGAUCUUCUGCGGGAAAUGUUGAAUAAAGGGCAUGGGGCUGAUUCGUUGGUUUAUAAUAAUUUGAUUUCCGGGUUUCUAAAUUUGGAGAAUUUGGAGAAGGCGAAUGAACUGUUUGAUGAGUUGAAGGAGAGGUGUUUGGUGUAUGAUGGAGUUGUGAAUGCUACGUUCAUGGAUUGGUUCUUUAAUAAGGGGAAAGCAAAGGAGGCCAUGGAAUCGUACAAGUCAUUGCUUGAUAGGCAAUUCAAGAUGAUUCCAGCCACUUGCAAUGUGCUGUUGGAGGUUUUGCUCAAGCAUGGGAAGAAAACGGAGGCUUGGACCUUAUUUGAUCAGAUGUUGGAUAAUCACACUCCUCCAAAUUUCCAAGCAGUCAAUUCAGACACGUUUAACAUAAUGGUUAAUGAGUGCUUUAAGCUUGGUAAGUUCUCAGAAGCAGUAGAGACUUUCCGGAAGGUGGGAACUCAACCAAAGUCGAGGCCUUUUGCGAUGGACGUUGCAGGGUAUAACAAUAUUAUUGUAAGGUUUUGUGAGCAUGGAAUGAUGGAAGAUGCAGAGACUUUCUUUGCUGAGCUUUGCUCGAAGUCCUUGUCCCCUGAUGUCCCAACUCAUAGGACAUUGAUCGAAGCUUAUUUAAAGCUUGAGCAGAUUGAUGAUGUAUUGAAAGUUUUCAACAGAAUGGUCGAUGUAGGUUUGAGAGUCGUAGCUAGCUUCGGAAACAGGGUAUUUGGCGAAUUGAUUAAGAAUGGCAAGGCAGUUGAAUGUGCUCAGAUUUUAACAAAAAUGGGAGAGAGGGAUCCUAAACCAGAUCCCACAUGCUAUGAUGUGGUGAUUAGAGGGCUAUGUAAUGAAGGUGCUCUCGAUGCUAGUCGGAUGUUGCUUGACCAGGUAAUGAGGUACGGUAUUGGCCUCACUCCCUCACUUCAGGAAUUUGUUAAAGAGGUAUUUGUAAAGGCCGGCCGGAAUGAAGAGAUUGAAAGACUGUUAAUGAUGAACAGAGGGGGACAUGCCCCUUAUCGCCCCACGUCUGGACCCCCAAGAAUUUCACAAUCGCAGGUCCCUCAAUUUAGAGGAAGUUACGGCCCUUCAGCACCUCAAAUGACAGGCCCCAACUAUUUUCAAUCAGGAUCAGUUCAAAUGACAAGACCACAACAGCCAUCAUCAGGUCCACCGCCUUCAAUGGAAAAACAGCAGCAGCAUUCACAACCCCCCCAAAUGGCUGGGCAGGCAGUAGCUUGAUUCUUUGCUUCCCAGGUUAUUGGAGGAUGAUAUUGUCAAAUUUUGACUUUGAGUUCAACGCAAUACUGCGAUGAAUUACAUACCACCUCUUUGUGCCACUUGUCCUCUUAUUCAAGCUUUCUUGUUAGUACGUGGAUUUUGCAAUAUCCAUGGUGACUGCCUGAGAUAUUAUGUGUUUACCUAUAUAUUAAGGUAGAUUCCCUUGUUACACUAUUUAAACUCACAAAUUUAUUAAUAAUAUUUUGACUCAAUCAUUUGAGACAUCA